AUGCUGAGAGGUUUCGUCUCUUAAUAUAAAUACUCUUAAAUAAAUUGACGGUUGAAAGAAUCGUUAGUUUCCAGCUGGUAAAAUAAAGUUAUUUCUUUUGGUUGCAAUGAAGUAUUAAAUAUAAAAAAAAUAUUUUUAAACACAAAAGAAUAUCGAAAAAAUCGAUUUAUCAGUUGAGUUCAUUACAUUUUAUGUCAUUAAAAGCAGUGAUGCGAGAAAUAAUUUCCAUUGGAUUUAUGCUUUAAACUUUCAGCGUAAUUUUCGUCCAGGAUGUUACAAAUUAAUUUCACUCAAUAUUUAUUACAGUGUACAUAAUGUAUUAUACUAUAUUAUGUAAUACAAAUAUUUUAAACACAAGUUUAUAAUGUCCUGUGUACAGCACAUUCUUCAAUUCUUUUUAUUCUCUGCACUUUUCCACUUCAUUCGAUGCAAUAGAAGGUCCGGAAAUGACAAUGGAGAUCCGCUUGAUGACCUCAAGGGACCACAAGGAAUACCAGGUCAGGGACCUGCUGGGUGGGCUGGUGAAGCCGACAAAAAUAGAUUCACGAUGCCAAGCACAACAAUGGUUAUGAUAUAUCGAAAAACAGAGAAACGUAUUGAGUUCAAGCAGACGUGCAAUUAUUUAGUAUACUAUUGUCUCCACGCCUACAGGACGGGUCAGGUUUGCGCCCGAACGCUGUUUUAUACUUACUACACUUUUAAAAACUAUUGCUUAAUGGAUUACAUGAACUGCAUGGAAAAGGCUAAAGUUUGGCAGAUUUCGUAUAUGGGUAAAUGCCAGGUAACGAAACCUUACGAGCACUAUGACCUUUAUUACUAUGAUGACGAUUAUUUUCUCGACCACAUUUAUGUAAUGGAUAAAUGAAAAUUAAAUUUAAUAAGGAAUAUGAGAGGGUAGGAGAGGCUCGAACGACAUAUGAGCAGUUGACAGAGGAGACCACCAUGACUCUUUCGUUCGUAACGCGCGUCGGUGUGAUAGAUUAAUCAAUCCUAGUUUUUCGCAGUAUAUGUGUGCGUGUGUGUGUGUGUGUGUGCGUGUGUGUUAAAUCUUUUGUUUGUUUUAUAUUGAGAUUUAAUUUCACGAUAACUUUAAAAUCGACAUAGUUGUAAGUUAUUACUUUAACAUUGUUUUUAGUUUUGUGUAAAUGUAUUAAAUUAAUAGUGAAAUUGUA